UUUCCUAAGUACAUUAGUCCAUGUUUUCUUGUUUCUGGAAAAGCUUAACAAAGCAGAGAGAAGAGGAACCCAUACCCAUGGCUAUGGCAAGGAGCAUUACAUACAUCACUGGCUCUCAGCUUCUCUCUCUCAAACGCCGCCCUAACAUCGCCAUCGUUGACGUCAGGGAUGAUGAGAGGAGUUAUGAUGGACAUAUAGCCGGGUCACUUCACUUUGCUAGUGACACUUUUGUUGAUAAAAUGCCUAGUCUUAUUCAAGCUGCUAAUGGCAAAGAUACCCUUGUGUUUCAUUGUGCUCUUAGCCAGGUUCGAGGACCAAAGUGUGCAAGGAGGCUUGCUGAAUAUCUAGCUGAAUCGAAAAAUGAUGUGGGAAUAAAAAAUAUUAUGGUAUUGGAACGCGGUUUUAAUGGAUGGGAGGCCUCUGGUAGACCAGUCUGUCGUUGCGCUGAGGUCUUCUGCAAGGGUCACACUGAACAGGCAUAGCAAUAAAAGGUAGAUAAACCGUGUCAAAAAAAGAGGGAUAUGUUGCACCCUGAUAUAGUUGGACUAAUUGUAAUAUUCUCCAUUUAUAAAAGGAUUUAUGAAGUUAUGAUCUGAGAGGCAUAAGUGGCUGUUUGUCUGCUAAUACAUGUAAUGUUUAUCAUUUUGCGAAGAAACCAAACAAUGUUAUUUUCUUCAUGUCA